AUGUCAAAACGGCAAUCCUUGAUAUUUAGGACUGUCAACCCGGGUUCGUCGUCGAAUGAACCAUCAUCAGGAAACAACAACAAUACAAACACUACGAUCGGAUCGAAACUGUAUAAACGUACUCUCAAUUUCUCCACUGCAAGAUCUGGGGAGGGCACUUCUUCUUCCGAUACCUCUUCUAACCGAUCGAUCAGUACUAACAAUUCAGCUAGUAAUAACAUUGAUGAGAUUGCAAUUGAUGAUGAUGAAUUGGAUUUGAUUUUAAAAAAACAUGAAGAGGAAAAGAAAAAUAGAUUAAAACGAUUAAAGUACAACAAGAGGGAUUUUCCUCAAAUUGAUAUGGAUGCAGCAAAGACUUGGAUCUUUCCAACGAACAUUGCCGAGAGAGCAUAUCAGUUCAAAAUUUGUGAAAAAGCAUUAUUUGUAAAUACGCUAGUAUGCUUACCAACUGGUUUGGGAAAAACCUUAAUUGCAAGCGUCAUCAUGUACAACUUUCAUCGUUGGUUUCCAACUGGAAAAAUCAUUUUCAUAGCUCAUACGGUCUCUCUUGUAGAACAACAAAUUAAUGCAUGCUACAAUAUCAUGGGAAUACCAGAAGAUGAAACAGUAUGUUUAACGGGCAAAACAUCACCAAAAGAAAGAGCAGAAUUGUGGAAGAGUAAGAGAGUAUUCUUUUCAACUCCUGAAUGCGUUCAAAAGGACUUGGAGAAGAAAAUUUGUCCUGUCAAGAAGAUAGUGCUUGUAGUGUUUGAUGAAGCUCACAAAGCCACUGGAAAUUAUUCUUACUGUGAAGUAGUUAAGCUUAUUGGAAAAUACAGCGACCACUGGAGGGUUGUAGGACUUAGUGCCACACCUGGAAGAAAUCAUGAGGCUAUUCAAAAGGUGAUCACAAAUUUAAGAAUUUCACAUGUGGAAGUGAGAGAUGAAAAUGAUAAAGAUGUUGCCGAAUAUAUUCACGAAAAGGAAACCAAAACCAUUAUAUGCAAUCGAGAUAGAGUGUCAGCAAUCAUUGAUACUCUAUUUUACCGGUUGGUUACUCCAUUUCUUGAAAAGCUUGUUAAGGUCGGUGCCUUGUAUCAAGCAGAUCCAGCUUCAAUAUCUAAAGGGGCCUUACUCACCUCAAUGAAACGAUUUUAUAUGGUACGCAAGAAGGACAGCUACAAAUAUAUGGGAGAUUUCAAUAUUUUAAUCUCUCUCUACAAUGCUCUGUAUUAUUUACAUACUCAGGAUAUGAGUUUGUUUUUGGACGCCUUGAAUACUCUAGCAACUGAGACGACUGACACAAAAAAGAAAAACGUUCUUCAAAGUAGAAAUCAAGUCAUCAAACAACCACUCUUCAAAAACAUGGUACAAACAGCUGAGAAAAUCAUUCAACAGGGAUACGUUCACCCCAAACUAAAGAAAUUAGAAGAAGUUAUUUUGGAACAUUUCACAAAGAGCAACGACAAUACUGUUGCCACUCAUGCAACCAAAGCCGUGGUUUUCUCCGGAUACAGAAAAACAGUGGAUCUAAUUGCAGAUAUAUUGGGUAAACACGAUGGAAUUCUAAAAGUUUCACCUUUCAUUGGACAAAGUAAGGGAAAAGGACAAAAAGGAUUUAAUCAAAAAAAACAAAAAUCCAUCAUAGAAGAUUUCAGAAAAGGAGUUUUCAACGUGUUAGUAGCAACACAAAUCGGUGAGGAAGGUCUUGAUAUUGGUGAAGUAGAUUUAAUUGUACUAUAUGACACGGUUGGUAGUCCCACUCGUUUCAUUCAGAGAGUAGGAAGAACAGGUAGAAGGAGAAAGGGAAACAUUGUUGCUAUAUUAUCCGAAGGAAAGGAACGAUCCACCUAUGAAGCAGCUAUUCAACAAAAACGAAUAUUGUUUGAAGCGAUGAAGGAGAUUUCUUACAGCAAUGAAGUGCGAUUUUUCGAGAAUAGUAUGAGAAUGAUACCAGAUGACAUUAUUCCAACAGUUUCAAGAGAGCACAUUACAGUCGAGCCCUUGAAAGGAACUUUUUCUGCUUCUAAAACAACGAAGAGAAAGAGAAAAGAGGUCAUUGUUGAUAGUGACAACGAGUCCGAUAGCGACUCAGAGUUUCAACCUUUCGAUGACGAUGAUGACGAAUUGGGUACUCAUUCCAUGGAUCUUGAUGAAUCAAAGGAGGAUCAAGAUGAUGCUCCAACAAUUGUCAACCCAUUCGAUGAAAAUAAUGAGAAUCAUGGUUUUGGAGGAGAUGAUCUUUAUCAUCUUUUGAACACUGACAAUGAUCCUAGUAUCAAAGAACUUUCUCUCGUUGACCAACCACUCGAUCUCCAACAUGUCCCACUAGCGAACGAUGAGGAAUGGAUCAAGUACAAACAAGAAAAAAUUGAAAAAAGUAAGGAUGUGUACAAAACGAAUGGUCAUAUGGACUUGGACAAGAUUCUUGGAACAAGUUCCAUGAUUAACAAAACCUUUCUGUCAAACGAUAAUUACGGAGAAGAAAAACCACUCCCAUUGUUGUCAUUUCUCUUACGUCAGUCAACUGUGAGUGUUUCAUCCAAAACUCUGGGUAGAGAAGAAUCACAAGCGAGCACUGGUUCAGAAAUAGAAUCACCGCUGUAUCGUGUACAACAACACCUUCCCGACGAGGGUUUGCUGGUAGGCAACGACAUUUCCCUACAAACAGCUAGUACGACUACGAAACCUACCAAACAACACACUCAUCGUGCUACCUCCUUACUUCCUUCUACAAAGAAAAUCAAGCCAAAUGUGUCUACUAAUGAUUUUUAUGAAGAAUAA